UCCAAAAAAAUUCCAAAAACCAGCUAAUUCCUCGUUGUACUUUCCAUUUCAAUUCAAAACAAAAAACCCCACCAUGGAGUAUCAGCAUCAGAUUCUGCAAUCCUUUGUCUUAUCAUUCAUCAUCAUCUUCUUCUUCGUUACUCUACUCAACUUGUUCUCCAUCUAACCCCCUUCUGAAAUUUUCAAAAUACCCAUAAUAUAUAAAAAAAGUUGAAUUCCAUGUGAACCACUCACGAAUUUUUUACUCUCUAUCUGCUUCACGUUUUCUUUCUUCAUCCCCUACGAAAGCUUCAUUAUAAAACUGCUGAAGCUUUCGUAGCCAAACAAACUCAAUUUCCCCUAAAAAUCUUAAUCUAGGGUUUUCUUCUUUUUAGCUAUGGAGGUGAUGACUGCUGCGGGAGUUGUGGAGAAGGAAAUUGAAAUUCCUCAGUCUAGAUUAUUACAGAUGUUGAGAUGUACAGUACAGAAUUACGAUUGGGGAGGAAUUGGUGAGAAUUCUGAAGUUGCUAAACUUUCUUCUUUGAAUUCUAAGGUGGAAAUUGAGGUUGAUAAAAAUUAUGCUGAGUUAUGGAUGGGUACUCAUAAUUCUGGUCCUUCUUUCAUAGUAGAUUCUGAUAAUCUGACUUUGAAAUCUUGGAUUACUGAAAACCCUAGUGUUUUAGGAGAUAAGGUGCUGGAGAAAUGGGGUACUGAUCUUCCUUUCUUGUUUAAGGUGCUUUCAGUUGCGAAAGCAUUAUCUAUACAAGCUCAUCCAGACAAGGAAUCUGCAGUGAAAUUGCAUAAGUCACUGCCUAAUCUCUAUAAAGACGAUAACCACAAACCUGAAAUGGCAUUGGCACUUACCGAGUUCGAGGCAUUGUGUGGUUUCGUUAAUCUGGAGGAGAUAAAAGGCGUGAUUCAAAGUGUUCCUGAGAUUGUGGAGCUGGUUGGUAAUGUGGAAGAAGAUCAACUCUUACAUGUUAGCGAGCAAGAUGGAGAGGAGAAAGUGAAAUUUGUAAUGCAGACUAUUUUCACCCACCUCAUGUCAGCAUGUAAAGAGUCUGUUUCCAAGAUGGUUUCUAAGCUGAAAAGCCGUCUGAUUGAGGCGCAGAAGGAGAGGCAGUUGUCAGACAAGGAACAACUGGUGUUACGGUUAGAAACAGAAUAUCCAGGUGACAUUGGUGUUCUAUCAGCUUUCUUCCUAAACUACGUGAAGCUCAAUCCUGGUGAGGCCUUGUACCUGGGGGCAAAUGAACCUCACGCAUAUAUCCAUGGUGAAUGUGUUGAGUGCAUGGCUACCUCAGAUAAUGUUGUUCGUGCUGGUUUGACAUCUAAGCUACGAGAUGUCCCAACUCUUUGUUCAAUGCUCACUUAUAGACAGGGCUAUCCAGACAUUCUUCCAGGGGUUGCCGUGAAUCAAUACAUAACACGGUACAUGCCACCCUUUGAUGAAUUUGAGGUGGAUCGGUGUAACCUUCCCGAGGGAGAAUUCACAGAAUUUCCUGCCUUCCUGGGACCCUCUCUCUUUGUAGUAACAAGAGGAGCUGCAAAGAUUCAAGUGAUUUCAGCUGAUCACAGAGAGGAAAAGGAGGUCAGAAGGGGGGAUGUCUUUUUUGUGGCAGCUCACGCUGGGAUAAUUGUUGCAACCACCAACAUGGAAGGAACAGGAGGUUUACAACUUUUCCGGGCCGGAGUGAACAGCAGGUUCUUGUCAGAACUAUGACGAUGGGGAUACAAUACUAGUAGUUAUUGUGGUAGAAGUAGUUUUAGUGUUUUUUGCUUGUUGGGUCUCGUCUCUCUCUUUCCCCUUCUCCCUUUUGUGCCAGUAAAGGUAAAAACAUUGUAUGUAAAUUUCAAUGUAUAUCAUGUAGAUGUAAUCCAUACUAGUACAAGCGGACUAUGGUGUUAUAGAGUCGAAAAUGAAACAACAGAUGAAAGAAAGCAGUGCAAUGUGGAAGAAUGGUAUCUUAUGUUUUG